AUGUCGCAUUGGAUAAUUUAUGGUCAAUCUGUAAAAAUUCACACUGAUAUUCACCGCGAUGUUCCGUAUAAUAAACGUAGGCAUCGUAAGAUUACAUAUUUACGCCUAAAAAAAUUUCCGGGUUCUACAUAUUGUCCCUCUUCAGCUUCAUUUUUAAAGUUCACAUUAGUAUUCCUGAAGAAAGAAAUCUAUAUAGCCAUAUACCCCUUAAAAAUAGGUCUAGGGUGGAAUGGAAUAGGGUCCUCGGAAAUGAAUACAGGAAUAGAUAGAUUGGAUUUAAGUUUUUCCUCAUCAAUUUGGUCAGCAUAUGUUCAAUUUUUAAUUCAAUGA